AUGGACUUCAAAUUUUUAGUAUUUGUAUUGCUUCUGUCAAACUCUGUAGCGGCUUUUUACAAAUCGACGAAUCGUUCGCUGAAAGACGUGAAUGGAGGGACAGAUUGUGCAGCUUGUACAAUAAUAGUGAGUUUAAUAGAUCAGUUGUCAUUGGUAUAUUCAGAGAGUAUCGACCAGGCUAUGCAAAGACUGUGUGGGUAUCUUCCAGAUCAGUACAACACAGUGUGUAAAGAAUUCAUCUAUGUAGCAGGACCCAUUAUAGUAGAUCUAUUGGCAAAUGGCGAAAGUCCUGAUGCUGUUUGCCACGCACUGACAUUCUGCACAACAGACCCGCCAAACCCACCGUGUAAACUGUAUCCCCAACCCCGAGGGGGACUGGAAGCCGGCAUCAAACGAAGCAAACUCCGAGCGAUGAAAUAUACCAGUAACCUAAGGGAACUAUUGGUGAACUCUGACAUUUGUAACAUGUUACCCGGAUUGAAACAAAUAUGUGAAAUGAUUGAAGGUAAGCUAAAUAAUCACGAACCAGUGCUGGAUAUCGACAAAGACGGAUUCAGUAUAAUAGACAGUCUCCGAGGUUCAUCGUGGCGCGGUAAAGAUUGCGAUGACAGUCGUGCUGCAGUACACCCCGGUGCAAGACCAGUUGACUGGGAUAGAUAUGAAGACUCCAAUUGUAACGGCAUUUAUGGUGUCGAUCCUGUCAGUGGGAAACCAUAUGAACAAUUAUUCUGCGGUGACUCCAAACCAAUGGGCGUAGGUCUUUUGGGAGAUUCAGCCGGUGCACACUUCCAUAUUCCUGCUGAAUGGGUUACUCCAACCGUCAUGGGCUUAGACAUGUUCGCAAAUAUCACAUUUGUAGCCGGCAAUGAGCUGGAUUGGCCGUCCAUGUCAGGAACUACCGGUUAUCAGAAUUUGACCUGGCCAACAGUCCAUGGGUGGACUGAUUCCGCGUAUUUGCGAUUACGUCAGCGAAAUCUGUGCAACCACCGGGAUUAUCAGAACAUAGCUGUUAACGGCGGGGAUUCUGGUAAUACUAAUGACAAUGCAAAAAGUUUAUCUCGUAAUCAAACAUCGGAUUAUCCAAUGAUUCUUUUUUAUUCGUUGAUCGGAAAUGACGUAUGUAACGGUCACCCGGACACCAUAGAGCACAUGACAACGCCCGAAGUCAUGAAAGCCAAUGUCAUCGACACAUUAGCUUACCUGGACACCGUAUUGCCAGCUGGGAGCGCUCUUAUAAUGACCGGAUUGGCUGAUGGGAGAGUCCUGUGGAAAUACAUGAACAGUAGAUACCACCCCCUGGGCGAAUUGCGUGGUGACGUCACCUAUGCUGACUUAUAUGCCUACCUGAUGUGUUUACAAGUCUCGCCAUGUAAUGGCUGGAUGUCGUCCAAUGAGACGCUGCGUAAUUUCACGUCAGAGAGGGCGGCAGCUCUGAGUAAAGUUUUGCAAGAUCUGGCAUCAACGAGAACUUAUAAAAACUACAAAAUACAUUAUAUGGACUUUGCCUUGCACACAGUAAUCGACGAAUGGGUCGCCCAAGGUGGGAAACCAUGGGACUUGAUCGAACCAGUGGACGGGUUCCACCCCUCACAGAUUUCGCAAGCGUUAACAGCAGCAUAUACUUGGACUCACCUGAUGCAGAAUUUCCCGGAAGUACUUGGAAAAGAAAACCCACAUAAUGAACAAAUAAGACAACUAUUUGGAGACCAAGGCGGUCAUUGA